AUGGAAGCUGCAGGAGCCAUCCUAAUCGCAGUCACUAACGUACCCGAGGCAUGCUAUUGGGUAGAGACGUCGAAUGGCAUCUAUGGACAAAACGAAAAAACCCUUAACGAUACAAAGGAGAGCCGUCGGUGGAGCAGUGGAGUAGGUGCUCUAUCAGUGUCGGCCGGAAGCGCUGGUAAGAUAGGAAUCGGUAGUGACAUUGGCGGUAGCAUUCGAAUUCCAUCGUUCAUGAACGGCAUUUUCGGAAUGAAAACAACUCCAGGUUUUUCCUAA